GGGAAUAUAACUGGAAGAAAGAAUAUGAGGAUUUUGAAGAAGAAAGUAUUGCCGAGGAAUCAGGCAUGGAUGAACAAGAAGAGAAGAAGACUAGAGAGAUCCAGAGAUGAUAGAUCACAACCAAACCAUAUUCCUCUUGAUAUAACCUUGGAGAUACUCUCAAGACUUCCUGCAAAAUCAAUCAUGAGAAAUCGAUGUGUCUCGAAGCUGUGGUCUUCUUCUAUCAAACUUCCGAGUUUUAUCAACUCGUUCGCAUCUCGGUCCACUUCACGAUCGCCGACUCUUCUGGUCACCAUCUCAUCAGGUUCAGCAAAAUAUGUUUUCUCGUUUCCUCAACACCAGAUUCCUGACGGGUCGAUUUGUUCUCCAUUCUAUAGUUAUCAAAUAGCAAACUUAGAUUGGAAAUAUUCCCUAUCCAACAGCAUCCAUGGAUUGAUUUUAACAUCCGUAUUCAAGAUUUGGAACCCAGCCUUGAGACAGUUUUUAGCCUUUCCACAUCCUGAUAAAUACGUCUCGAGUCGACACGCGUCGUCUUAUUUGGGCUACGAUCCUUUGGAAGGUAAACACAAAGUACUAUUGUUCAUGUCGACAAUCAAAUGUACUGAUCAGCCUCGGGUUCUUACGUUGGGAACUCAAGAAUCAUGGAGAAUAAUAACCAAAGGACAUUGCCCUGUGCAUCGCCCAUGUGGACAUGAGCGAUGCUUCAAUGGGAUUCUGUAUUAUAGAGCUUGCCUUGAUGGUGAUAGUCAAUGUAUCAUAAUGAGCUUUGAUGUCAAAUCUGAAUACUUCAAUAUUAUAAAUUAUCCGGAGGGCCGCUCUUGUUCCUCGUUUCAUAUGAUACCCUAUGAAGGAAGGCUAGCUUUAGUUACUUAUGAUCAUCCGUAUGAUGAUGUUGAACUCAAUAUUUUGAAAGAUGCACAUGGACACAUAUGGACACGUGAACGCUAUGUUCUUCAUUUACCAUAUGAGAGCAUACGGAGGGACUUGAUAUAUUUCGUGGGUACUACAGAUGCUGGUGAGUAUGCUUUUGCUCCGCAUGGUGUCUAUGAAGCCUUUUAUAUUAUAUAUUUCGAUCCGAGGAGAAACAGUACUAGAAAAGUACUUUUUGAAAGAAAUUUGGAUGAGUUUAGACGCCGUUGUGGACUUGAUAGCGACGACUACUUCACCAUGCAAGUUUACCCAAAUCACAUCGAGAGUCUCUUUUCUUUAUAGAGCAACCACCUUCGGUGCUCAACGCUCUCCAGUGAUUUUCUUAUGUUUUAUGUACCUUCAUGUUCUUCAGUGUUACUUUGUUCCUUUUGAUUCACUGAGUUCAUGUCUAUUCAUUACUUAGAUUUUCUCUUAUGCCAUUUCUUACUGAGAUUUUGCACUAGAAUACUGACUCAACGAUUAAAGGGGAUAUUCCUUAUUGCUUCAAUGAUUCUAAAAUAAUGGGAAUCACCUAUAAAAUAUUCUUAUUUGUUUAAACCAUUAAGAUCUGUAUUUUCCCUUCUAAUAUAUAGCCAAGAACACGUUUUAUUCCAACAGUGCCAAACACAAAGCAUGAAAUUUUCCUAAAGUAAAUAUAUCGGUUGAAACACAAAGAAUACAACAGCUAGUUAAUAUGUGGUGUUUCGAAGUUUCUCAAAACUUUUUUUUUUUUUUUUUGACAAAAUGUGAAUUCAUUUCAAUAAGAAAUGGCAAAGAGGUACAAGCAAGCAUGAACCUAAAGCUGCAAUUAAGCAAAGUUCUAUCAAAGAGACCCCAAAAAAAGAUAAAAAAGCCCCUUGGAUACAAAAUAGGUUUAGUCUAAAUCAUAAGAAACAGACUAAAGCUAAACUAGGAGAUCAUAAGGUUAACUAUUGGCCAUAGGUAGACCAAGAAGCAACUCAUUCACUGUAAACUGCAAAUGAGAAGACUGGUCUUGGGUAUGGAUGGAAACGGAGCAAUCCCGGGGAUACUUUGACGGCAACAGGCGGAGUCGGAUUGGCGAGCCGUCCCCGGCUAUUACACUAACAAUGAGACCAGAUCCAGCCAAACCAGAGACUUUGCGAAGGAGAAGCUGUGAGUCCAAACUAACAGAUGAAAGACACUCGAUGAAGAACAAGGGCUCUUGAGGAGGUAGGCGGAGGUUUAUCUCCCGACUCCGGCCACUUCCUCGGAGGAGAUAAUGCAUUUCAACCGUCAAAGAGGCAGCGACACCCACCCAAAACUUCAUUCCCAGGCUUGAAGAACGGGAGCAGAAGCUCCAAACAAACACGGCAAGCGACUGAAGAUGCUGUAGAGUAACCGCAACGAAGGGUCUGAAACAGGGCCAGUCCCCGAAGCCCCAAAGAACCAACAAGCAGCAACAAGAAACAACACUUCCACGGAUAACCACCGUGAUAAGCUAACCCCACAAUCUUAAACAGAGGUUCUCAGUGGUUUCCUCCACACCACUUUCUCACAGAGAAGAGAAGCUCUGAACUUACCCGUGAGAUAAACCGACGGAGAUGAAGGGGCACGAAGCUAAUCGAAGACAUGAAGGAGGCAGCAAUGCACCAGACUGCCAUCGACGCCUCAGAGAAACUAGAUCUGACCCAGAUCUAUCGCCUUCACCCAAGAGAGCAAGCUCACGGAACCCUUCAACACAACCAGUAACCGAGACCUCGUCACUGCUCCAGAGGGCCACAGACACCCGCGAAACCCCUUUUAAAACCGCCGGAGAACCACCGGAGGAGAUCCAGAAACAGUCAACAUGUCGGACGGGUUAAUGAGGAGAAGAAAGGGUAAGAGGAGGUAACCAAGACA